CCGGCUCGUGCUCAAAGGAACAACCGAUAUGAACCCCUCGCUUCCGGUAAUGCCUCCUUUUCGGCAGCGGCUAUUUCCUCGCCAACAUGCCACUCGCAAAAGACUUGUUGCACCCAUCCCCUGAGGAGGAGAAGAGGAGGCACAAGAAGAAGCGACUUGUUCAGAGUCCCAACUCUUAUUUUAUGGAUGUGAAAUGUCCAGGAUGCUACAAGAUCACGACAGUGUUCAGCCACGCUCAGACAGUUGUGCUGUGUGUCGGCUGUUCAACAGUCUUGUGUCAGCCCACUGGAGGCAAAGCUCGUCUCACAGAGGGAUGCUCAUUCAGGAGGAAGCAGCACUAGCUGUCCUCCCUUGGAGCUGAAGUGGAGAGGAGGGGAUGGACUGGUUGAUGUCAGCGUCUUCUGCCUCCAGGAUGGUGGUCUGAUUGAAGACGAGACCUGAAGUCGGACCAGACAGAGGACGGACGUCCACUGUUAAUGUCGGCAGAUUGGUUGUUGCUGUAACUCCACCCUCCAACCCUGUCUCUCUUAAUAAAAUAUUGUUUUGGCUAAA